AUGGAUGCUGUUCAUGAGAAAUCAAGCUUGGUAGACAACACUACAGAUAAAGUAAGAGAAGAACGUGCAAAGGAAAAAGAAAAAGAUUACGAAGAGGGUUUUGGCAAUGAUGGGAGUGCGUGUUUGCAAUUAUUCUUGUGCUUGAGAUGGCAAAGAUGUAAUAAGGGUAAACGGGUGUCUCUAUUGCAGGAGCAAGGAGAGAACAGGGAUGAGAGACUGCAAUGGAUGAGAAGAUUGAAGAAGGAGACGAAGGAGAUAACGGAAUUGUUGUUUGUUCUUAACAAGAGGAAAAACGUCAUUCGCAAGCUCAUCAGAUCGUACGCCAACAACAACAUGAGAAGGAAGCCCCAGUUCCAAUACGAUCUUCAAAGCUACGCUCUCAAUUUCGAUGAAGGGCAAGGGAAGGAUCACGAGUACUGUGCACCAAUUCAUUUCUCCUCACGCUUUGCUGCUUCGCUUAAGAGGAGCAGUACUAGCUGA